UAAUAAAAAGAAAAAGAAAGAGAAAUCAGAAGCGACAGUAGCGAGCGAGUUGCAGGCAAAUGGUAUCGGAACAUUUGGUUUGCUGAAGACAUGGCUGCAUCUCCAUGCCUAUUCACCCUCAACUCAAUUCAAAUUCCCUCUUCGAAUAAUGGAUUCAUACGCUCCUCCUCCUCCUCUCUAUCCGCCAAGUCUCAUCUUCCGCUUCCAAAUCAUCGCCGCAGAAUCUAUUGCAAUCAUGACGAUUCUAGCCGCAGGAACCAACCACAGUCCUCCUCCUCAAUUCAGCUUUAUGGUGAAAUUGAGAGAAUUCUUACUGAGACUAUAAGACUAUCUCAAGAUGCUUUGGGUAGCUCAACUGACUGGAGUGAAAUUGAGGGCGCAUGGGUUCUUAAACCAAAAAGAUCUAAAUUGAAGUCAGUUGUUCAUUUUAUUGGUGGUAUAUUUGUCGGAGCUGCUCCUCAGCUUACAUACCGCUUGUUUCUUGAACGCCUUUCAGAAAGGUAAGCUUUCAAAAAACCUUUUUGAAAAAAGGUUAACUUAUUAUUUAUUUCCUACUCUUUUUUUUUUUUUGGCCAAAGUAUUUCCUAAUCAAUGAACAAUUAAUUUUGGGGUUGCCAUACUUUGAUCAAGUUAUUAUAAUACUAAUAGAGCUGAGUAGUACCUGUUUAACAAAAAUUCAUCAUUUUCUGUAGUUAUAUCUAUUUUAAUACAUUUUAUAGUUUUAUGUUGCAUAUGGGAUGGCAAAUUAAAAUCCUUUAAAAUAUUCCAUUACUAUUAUGAUCCAUUUAACUGCCAGCCUUAUUUGAGAUUAGAAGAUUUGCCUUCCAUAAAUUCUAAACUACAACCAUAACCAUAGUGAUGUGCCUCUGGGAAUCCAUAGUUUAUCCUUCUUUGUGAUGCAGGGGUGUUUUGGUGAUUGCAACACCGUAUGCUAGUGGAUUUGAUUACUUCUACAUUGCAAAUGAAGUGCAGUUUAAAUUUGACAGGUGUUUACGGUUUUUGCAAGAAACAGUGCAAGAUCUUCCAACUUUUGGUCUUGGUCAUUCUUUGGGAUCUGUCAUUCACCUUUUAAUUGGUAUUACACAAUCUUCUUCCUUAUAUUGUGUGUAUGGGUGUAGCUGGUUUUGUUUGCUGCAAUUUAUUUUUGCUCAGGAUCAAGAUUUGCUCUGCAAAGAAGUGGGAAUAUGUUAAUGGCAUUCAACAACAAGGAAACAAGCUUAGCUAUCCCUUUGUUCUCACCAGUUCUUGUCCCAAUGGCACAAAGCGUUGGACCAUUUCUCUCACAGAUUGCAUCAUCACCAACUGUCCGCCUUGGGGCAGAGAUGACAAUGAAGCAAAUAGAGAACCUUAGCCCUCCUAUUGUGAAGCAAGUUUUUCCUUUAGUUGAGCAAUUUCCACCCGUAUACAUGGACUUAGCUAAGGGCAGAGAAGAUUUUACUCCAAAACCAGAAGAAACUAAACAACUUGUAUGUCUAAUCUUCUACCCUUCUCACUCAAAGUACUUCACUUCUCAAGUUUGUACCUGAUUGCCAAAAUUGCCCUGUGUGCAGUCACCGUCAAAUGGGCAGAGAUGAUUUGACCCAUUAGAGUGGUGGAUUAUGCAGGGGCUUGUAAUAAUAAAAGCCUCCAAUUUCU